GUUACUGCGUUUAGUAAAAAAUUGCACGUGUCUUGUCCUCAGUGAAGCGCUCCGCGGAGAGGUCCAGAUUUUCCUUUAAUUUCAAUAAUUAGAGACAUUGUUACACAAACAUGGCUACUACUGAUGAUGUUAACCCCAAGGCAUACCCACUUGCCGACCCGAAUCUGAGUAAGACAAUCUUGGAUCUGUUGCAACAAGCCUCCAAUUACAGUCAGCUGAGAAAAGGAGCAAAUGAAGCCACCAAGACACUGAAUCGUGGUAUUGCUGAGUUUAUCGUCAUGGCUGCAGAUGCAGAACCUCUUGAGAUUCUUCUUCAUCUCCCACUACUCUGUGAAGAUAAGAACGUACCUUAUGUCUUUGUAAGAUCCAAGCAAGCUCUUGGCCGUGCCUGUGGAGUUUCACGACCGGUUAUCUCCUGUUCGGUAACAACAAACGAGGGCUCGCAGUUGAACUCCCAGAUCGAGUCAAUCCGAAAGAACAUUGAAAGAUUGUUGCUGUAAAACAAUUAGGAUGCUCCUCGCCAUGAACACAGCGAGUGUCUUCUUUAGUAUCGACUCUAGCUGCCAUUACCAAACAACCUUCUCGGAUCCAUCUGGUUUCUUUUAGUUUCAUCACCACACAACCAAACCAGCCUUUCCCUGGCUUCAUGUGGUCUUGAGCGGCAGCCAAUACUUUUUAUUAAUUUCUAAUCAGCAGGGGCAUUUCAGACAAAAAAUAUAAACAAGGUGCCAUUCGGAGAGAUAUUGCACACAUUAUUUUCAAAAUCAUUACCAAAGUAUGACCUUACCUUAAAGUUAAUGAGUGAAAGGUCUAGUAGAAAGUUUGAUUGGAAAGUUUGAUAGUUUUUUUAUAUCAUUAACUUUAUCUGUAAUUUUAAGUGUUUUAUGUAGGAGCACAACGAAAGAAGACCAGUUAUAACUUACUUUACAAUUUUACAAACGGGUGUUUCUUAUUGGCGAGAGGGAGUUGUGAUACCAAAGGGCCUCCUCUGGCACACUGCAAAUGGCUUUGUCCACGCACCUUCGCCGAAUUUCAUAGAGCUGCUUAGCACGACGAAAUUGUGCUGACCAGAAAAUGGUUGCGAGUCAAACUGCCAUAUCACAUGUACAAUUUGUGACUGGUAUCCAGCUCAUUUUUCGUUGUAAACACUACUUUCUGAUGAAGCUGCACUAUGAAAUUGGGCCACUUCAAUGUUUGGGCUCAGUUACCAUGACAUUUAAGAUGGAAGGAAUAAGAAACAAUAUCCACAAGGUUCUUUUUAAAUAUUAUUUUAUUUUUAGGUUUUAUUGUGCCUGUUAUAAUAAGUGGAUCUAUUAUAAUGUUAUUUUGGUCCUCCAGCUUAAAAAUCAUGAGUUGUACUUUGUAAAAAAAAAAUCCCCGAAACCUGGAUGUAUCAAUUUUAAAGUGUUAAUAAAACAGGCUUUAUAUAAAAACAA